AUGGCCAUUUUAUUUUCUCAAACUGAAAAAGACAAGCCGGUUCUGAUUGAGAACGGUUUUGAUUACAUUCAAGAACGUACUCAUGAAAAUAAAGUUUAUUGGCGAUGUACACAAUGCAACAAACAUAAAUGUCAAGCUAGAUUGCAUACAAUUAAUUACACAAUUUGUCAUCGAGCUGACGACCACAAUCAUGCUCCAAAUCCGAGUAUAAGUGGAAUUUGUCAAUGUCGUUCUGAAAUUCGUGACGUGUCUAAAACAACAAUGGCCGCACAUUCAAUUGUUGCCAUAUCAAUUGCUACAGCAUCUACUGCAGUAUUAAGCCAGUUUCCACCUAUCAAUAACUUGAAACGUACCAUCUGUCGACGACGUGCUGCUAAUCUAAAUUUUCCAGCAAAUCCUCGAUCACUAUCAGAAAUACAUAUAAACGGCUCAUUUUCUCUUACAAAGAAAAAGGAACAAUUUCUACAAUACGACUCAGGAUACCAUGAUUCAGAUCGAUUUUUAUUAUUCGCGACGAGCCAACAACUUGAUCUUCUUCAAUCGUGUACAGACGUGUAUAUGGAUGGCACAUUCAAAGUCGUCCCCGAACUUUAUUACCAAUUGUACUCAAUCCAUGGUUUAGUACAAAGAAAUAUCAUUUCAUUGGCUUAUAUUCUUAUGCCUCGAGCAAUGAAAGCUAUCAAUUCCCGUUGGCCUCAAUCAAGUGUUCAUGCUUGUUUCUUCCAUUUGACACAAAAUGUCUAUCGACAAGUUCAAAAAGCAGGUUUUACAACUAAAUAUGGGAACGAUGAAGAAUAUGCACAUGCAGUACGAAUGCUGCCUGCAUUAGCUUUUUCGGAAACAAAUGAUAUCUAUUCAGCAUUUGAAGAUAUUGGUGAUCUACAAAUUUCAGAUCUUGAUCCGCUUUACAACUAUUUUGAAGAUUACUAUAUAGAUGGUGAAAUAUCAAAAAUUUCUUUAAUAUCUUCAUCAGUAAAUUCAAUAAAUGCUCCAUAUAUAUCUCCACAUCUUAUGUCAUCUUCAUGUUCAUAUAUAACAUCAAGUAGUUUUUCAUCAAUAUAUUCAAAUAGUCCAGUAUUAUCUAGCAGUGAAACACCGACUAGAACUGGAGGUGGAGAAGAAAGAGUAAAAAUACCUUUUGAACUUUAA